AUGAAAGAAAUCAUUAUAAAUGAUAACAACAACAUAAGUAUUAAUAAUGAUUUCCAACAAGAAACCAUUUCAACGACUUCUACUCCAGAAAUCGCAAUCUCUGAAAUUGAAGAAACUAAAAAAAAAUCGCCUACAGCAUCAUCACCAUUGUUAAAUAAGGAAUUUUUGACCCCACCAUCAAACGCUACUGGAAUAUCAAACAUCUUAUCAACUUCUGCUACAAAUACGCCAUCAUCGCAGCCAUCGUCACCUACGCCUACAUCUAAUUCACUACAACAACAAUAUCAUUAUUCUAUUUUGUCGCGUAAACAAGAUUUUUCACCAUCAGACCAAUCGUUCAACCCUAGAUCCUAA